UCUUCCAUCUCCCAACAAAAACCCACUCUCUCAGUACAGAGCAGAUUUGUACUGAAAUCUGAGAACCUGAAGUUUUAGAGAGAGAAGAUGAAAGGAGGGAAAAGGAGAAAAACCGCGAAGUCCGUACAACCCCAGCAUGCCCCUCCGCCACUAGCUUCUCCACUUCAGCCCUCUGCCUUUGCCACGACCGUCAGUGGUGGCGGCGAUAUGGUGGCGGGGGUGGCAAAAAAUCCUGAGGAAAGUGAAAGAUUUGAAGCUACUGAAGCUGCUUUUGAAGAAGAAGAAGAAGAAGAAGAAGAAGAAGGGAAAGAGGAAGAUUCUGAGCAGUUGGAAAACUCGAAUGAAGAACUCGAGGUGGAGGCAGAGAGGCGGAAGCUAGCUGAUGGGUACUAUCUGAUUGAAGCUGUGCGCAGUAAACGCAUUCGUAAGGGCCAAGUUCAGUAUCUGAUUAAAUGGCAAGGCUGGUCGGAGGCAGAAAAUACAUGGGAGCCUCUGGAUAAUCUACUGCCAUGUUCAGAUGUUAUUGAUGCAUUUGAAGAAAGUUUGAAAGCAGGGAAAAGUUGGUCAAUGCGUAAGAGAAAGCGCAGGUGUGGUAUAAGUUUCACCCGUACCAAGAAAAACGAUCAACAGCAAUCACCUACGGCUGCAACUUACAAUGUGCCCUCACACAGGGUUAGGAUUAAAAAAGGUCCUAUACCCUUUCCUCAGAUAAAUGACUCUGCUGCUGCAAUUGACAAUGGAAAGACUCGUGUUAUUGUGAACCGUGUUGAAACGUCCAAGAAUGUAAAUGAAAAUGGUCUAGAACUGCUUUUAGAAGGAAGAAAUGAAAAAGGCGAGUUUGAUUUGAAGCUAUGUGAACUAAAGGGAGCAACGAUAACGAGUGAGUGUAAUAUGGACAGGCUUGCUGUGCCUUCUCAAGUAGGCCAAGUGACAAGAGGAGAUGCCUUUGCAAAUGGAUUGGAAAUUGCUGAUGUUGUAGAACCACCUCUGUCGAGUCAAUGCAUUGGAGCUAGAAAGAGGAAAUCUGGUUCUGUCAAGAGGUUCAAGAAUGGUCCAGGAUCGUACACGAUGGAUGUUGCACCGAAUGCAAGAGAGCUGGGUACUACUAUUGCUCGGAUCAUCAAACCUAUAAGCUAUCAAAUUUCCAUAUCUAACAACUUUGAAGAGGUUUUAGUUGCCUUUGAUGCUGUGAGGCUUGAUGGUACUAAAGUGACGGUGGAUAACAAAUUUUUGAAAGCUAACAAUCCACUUCUGUGCAGCUGAUAGACUUUUAUGAGAAAAAUCUUCGUUACUGUUCCACAUGUUGAACGUGUUAGUGAAUAGAGGAUAGAAGAAGGAGCCUCAUCUUUGCGAUUCUCCAUGUUCAGUGUUGACAAUCUUUUCGAAAAGCUUAAAUUGUUAGAGACCACAUGUAUUCAUCUUAAUCUCUUCUUAAGACUAGAUUAGAGUCUAUGUAUCUAGGUAUUUCACAGGGAAGAUGGCAAAUAGCGUUAGUAAAACUUGUUUCACUCUCUUGUUUGCCUGUUCGCAAACUUGAUUUGAUAUUACAUGCUUUCAUCGCAAGUAUUUUUUCUUUGCUUC